AUGGCGACGGCUGGGGUGACAUCAGCUGCAGUGAUGUCGGCUGCUGUAGCCACCGCACUGCACUACGCAUCUCAAGGCGUCGAGGGCCUGAAGCAGGGACACGCCUUGAUUGUGGGAGAUGCAUCAGCCGUCUUGCGAUGUGGUCACGUCAGAGGCCACAGCGAUUUCCGGCGAGAAGAUGGCAUUAGCAUUCUGACGCCUGCCGGAGCUGAGACCGUCCGCCGGCACAUGAACAUGGACGGCAUGACCCUGAUUGGAACUGAUGGAAUCGUCUGUGCCAACCACAUUUAUGCCAAUCAGCUGCCUCAGUUGGGCACCGGCGGUUCACGCACUGCGGCGUCCAUGUGGUUCUCCAUGGAGGUCCCUGGGUGCAUGGUCUUGAUGAUCUCGCAAGAUAGUCCCGGCACGGUUCAGAAGUUCACAGCUGGGCAUGCUGAACUCGUUGGCGCUGCUGACGGACUAUGGCUGCAGCCUCUUUCGCAAGGAGCUGCUGCAGCUGCUGCAGCUGCUGCUCAAGCUCCCCUCAGAACGGCCCUAUCACCGGGCUGGUACAUCGUGACCUCACGCACCGGUUUGAAUUGCCGAAGCUCCCACGUCCAAAAGACAGGCAGCGUAGCAAGGGGCCAUCGCUUUCAGGUACUGGAGGUUCGUAUGGGUCACGAGCUUGGAAACAUCUUUGCUGCUUAUGGCCCGGAAAGGAUCUGGGGUCGUGCUGGCGUGGCGAGGCCUGAGUGGCUGGCGUUGACUGACAACAACGGGGGCAUGAACGUGCAAUUAGAAGUCCACUAA